GAAGAGAGUGUUGAUUCUGUAGUAGCAUUGAAGUUACCAAGAACAAUAGAAAGCAGAUUAGAGGAGACUAUUAGAGAAGAUUAUAGCAAUGAAGAAAUAUUAUUAUUUCCAAUUUGUGUUGGAAAUAAAUAUGAUGAAAAACAACCAGGUUUUAGAUAUCAUUUGAGUAGUAAAUUUAGCAAUAUUAAAGAGACCUUGAGUGUAGCAAUUACUAGCUUGUAUAAUCGACUUUUUUCAAACUCAAAUACCAAAUUUUCUAGACUAUAUGUUUUAGAUAAAUAUCUAAUUCAAGUAAUUAAUAUAGGAGUUAAAAAUAAUUCAAACUUAAUAGGUACUGGUAUUAGAUAUACAUCAUCAUUUAUAGAAGAAUAUAAAAAGAAACAGGCUUUAUUUGUCCAAACAGUUGAAUCAAAUUAUUCAUGCCAAGUUGCUAUAUAUAAAUUUAGUCAAGACUCAGUAAUAUUUCUAGAUACAAAUCUGAACAAUAAAUGGGAAAAAUUUAAAUAUUUAGUAGAAGCAAGUUUUAUAUGUGCUCGACCUUUUCCAAAUUUUGGUGAAUGGAAAAAUAUAUCUCUGACAAAAAUCUGUAAAUCAAUGAAAGAAAAAAACCUGAAUCAACCAAAUCCUGAAGUUUCUACUUAUACAAAUCCUAAUUUCCAAUGGGUAAUACCAACACCAUUAUCAG